AUGGCGGCAGCGUUACUGUUGAUGCGCGCCCUCCGCCAAGGCCCGGGGUUCGGGCCAGGGCGGCUGUGGGGCCUCGAUGUCUGUGCCGGGGCCGGGGGCAGGCGGUCUUAUGUGGUCCGCGGGACUCCGGCAGGCCUGGCUGCGGCUGGAGGCCAAGCCCCGCAGAGCUUGCUAUCUCGAAUGCUAACCCCUAGCUUUGAAGGGAUCAGCGGAUUGUUACUGAAACAGCAUGUAGUUCACAGCCCAGUCAGACUCUGGCAGUUUUCAGGUGGUACUUACUAUUUUAAUACCUCAGGGAUGAAGCAGAAGAAUAAAGAUGGUGAUAAGUCCAAAGGGAAGGCCCCUGAAGAUGAUGAAGAGGAAAAGAGGCGGAAGGAGCGGGAGGACCAGAUGUACCGUGAGCGGCUGCGCACCUUGUUCAUCAUUGCUGUCAUCAUGAGUCUGCUGAACUCACUCAGCACCAGCGGGGGAAGCAUUUCCUGGACUGACUUCGUCAAUGAGAUGCUAGCUAAAGGCGAGGUGCAGCGUGUACAAGUGGUGCCCGAGAGUGAUGUGGUGGAAGUCUACCUGCAUCCUGGAGCUGUGGUGUUUGGGCGCCCUAGGCUGGCCUUGAUGUACCGAAUGCAGGUUGCAAAUAUUGACAAGUUUGAAGAGAAGCUUCGAGCAGCUGAAGAUGAGUUGAACAUUGAGAGCAAAGACCGAAUUCCCGUUUCUUACAAGAGGACAGGAUUCUUUGGAAAUGCCCUCUAUGCACUGGGGAUGACAGCAGUGGGCUUGGCCAUCCUGUGGUACAUUUUCCGACUGACUGGUGUGACAGGAAGGGAAGGCGGAUUCAGUGCUUUCAAUCAGCUCAAAAUGGCACGUUUCACCAUUGUGGAUGGGAAAACAGGGAAAGGAGUCAGCUUCAAAGACGUGGCAGGAAUGCAUGAAGCCAAACUGGAAGUCAAAGAGUUUGUGGAUUAUCUUAAGAGCCCGGAACGCUUCCUUCAGCUUGGUGCCAAGGUUCCAAAAGGUGCCCUUUUGCUUGGGCCCCCUGGCUGUGGAAAGACACUUCUGGCCAAGGCGGUCGCCACAGAAGCUCAAGUGCCCUUUUUAGCAAUGGCUGGCCCAGAAUUUGUGGAAGUCAUUGGAGGCCUAGGAGCUGCCCGUGUACGCAGCCUUUUCAAGGAAGCUCGAGCCCGGGCCCCCUGCAUAGUGUACAUUGACGAGAUUGAUGCUGUGGGCAAGAAGCGGUCUACCUCCAUGUCUGGCUUCUCCAACACAGAGGAAGAGCAGACCCUCAACCAACUCCUGGUUGAGAUGGACGGAAUGGGCACCACAGACCAUGUCAUUGUGUUGGCAUCCACAAAUCGUGCUGAUGUUUUGGACAAUGCUCUGAUGAGGCCUGGCCGACUUGACCGACAUGUCUUCAUUGAUCUUCCCACUCUUCAGGAGAGGCGGGAGAUUUUUGAGCAGCACCUAAAAGGCCUGAAGCUGACACAGCCCAGCAACUUUUACUCCCAACGACUGGCAGAGCUGACACCAGGAUUCAGUGGUGCUGACAUCGCCAACAUCUGUAAUGAGGCUGCUCUGCAUGCUGCACGAGAGGGACACACAUCUGUCCACACAUUCAACUUUGAGUAUGCUGUGGAGCGUGUCAUUGCUGGAACUGCUAAGAAGAGUAAGAUCCUUUCCAAGGAGGAGCAAAAGGUAGUUGCCUUCCAUGAGUCUGGUCAUGCCUUGGUUGGUUGGUUACUGGAGCAUACAGAGGCCGUGAUGAAGGUCUCCAUAGCACCUCGAACAAAUGCUGCACUGGGCUUCUCUCAAAUGCUCCCUCGAGACCAGUACCUCUUCACCAAAGAGCAACUGUUUGAGCGGAUGUGCAUGGCCCUGGGAGGCCGAGCAGCUGAGGCCAUAUCCUUUAGCAAAGUUACCUCUGGGGCCCAGGACGAUCUGAGGAAAGUCACUCGAAUUGCCUAUUCCAUGGUGAAACAGUUUGGAAUGGCACCCAGGAUCGGGCCAGUCUCCUUCCCUGAAGCACAGGAGGGUCUUAUGGGCAUUGGACGGCGUCCCUUCAGCCAGGGUCUCCAGCAGAUGAUGGACCAUGAAGCAAAACUGCUGGUGGCCAAGGCUUACAGACACACUGAGAAAGUGCUACUGGACAACCUGGACAAGCUGCAAGCGCUGGCAAAUGCUCUUCUGGAAAAGGAAGUGAUAAACUAUGAGGACAUUGAAGCCAUCAUUGGCCCACCGCCCCAUGGACCUAAAAAAAUGAUUGCACCACAGAGAUGGAUUGAUGCCGAAAGGGAGAAGCAAGCCUCUGGAGAGGAGGAGGCUCCAGCUCCCCAGCCUCCACCUCCAGAGGAAGAGACCUCUUGGCCCAGAUAGCAGAAAUUCCUCAAGUGCACCUGCAGUGAUUCUAGAACUUGUUGGUCAGCUGUCGCCAAGUUUUUUCUUACCAGAAAUUUGAACCUCGUCUCCUCUUUUGGCCCUUGAUGUCUUUGCUGAUGCUCUUCAAUGAUCUAUUUAUUGAUUGAUGAAUAGUAAAAUCUUUGCAAAGACAA